AUGAUUUUCACGUCUUCGUCCCCCUUGCGGGCUGCACUCGUUUUGGCCGGCCUGUCUUCUGCCCGGAAGUGCAUCGAUUUGAGCAUCGACGUGCCCGUUGUCUCCAGAAAUGCCGUUUUCAAUCAAACGACACCAACAACUGACAUCGAAGUGACCAACUUCGCUCUGGACUUGACUCGUCAAGGACACAAUCGCACUAAUGAAGUCCUCACCGGUUAUGCAAACAUCAAGAAGACCUACACCGUAGCGGCCACGUACUGUGAACCGGACUCAGGCCCAUCCAAGACUCUUCAAUUGCUGACCCACGGAAUUGGCUUUGAUCGCACGUACUGGGAUCUCUCUAUAAACGACUACAAUUACAGCUAUGUAGCCGUUGCAAACGACGACUACGGCUACAGUACCUUCGCUUGGGACCGCCUCGGCAUAGCUCAAUCGCAGCACGGGGAAGCCGUGAACGAGAUCCAAUCUUCACUGGAGAUCGCGGCGUUGUAUACCCUCACAAAGCAACUCCGUGAAGGGUCUAUCGACGGCAUCAGCUGCGGUUUCGACAAAGUCGUCCACGUCGGCCACUCAUUCGGAAGCAUUCAGAGUUAUUCCUUGGCCGUCUUACACCCCGGGGCGAGUGACGGGCUCAUCCUGACCGGAUUUAGCCAGGCUAGCCAGUUCGUCCCGUACUUCGCCCUUGGCGCGAAUUUUGUCGCGGCCAACGGGUUGCCACCUUUCUUGACCUACCCGGAUGGAUAUCUCGCCUCUAGUGACCCCUCAGGCGUGCAGACCGACUUCUUCUCACCAGGGGCUUUUGAUCCCGCGCUUUUGGAUCUGGCGACUGCUUCUGGCAAGCCGGUCACUGUUGGCGAGCUUCUGACUAUUAGCGCUGCUACUGCGAUGAAGAAUCCUCUGAAGGGGCCGGUAUUGAUUAUCACUGGAGGCCGAGACAUUCCUUUCUGUGGAGGAGAUUGCCUCUUGACGGGCUCAUCACUCCCGAACUUCCUCGAGAUGAGUAAGCCGAUGUUUCCAUCAGCCAGCAAAUUCGAGGCUGUUGUCGUCGGAGAGGCUGGGCACGGAUUGAACUUGGAAUACUCCCAUCCCUUCACAUACGGCAAGAUCCUGGACUUCGUUACCCAGAAUGUUGGGCUGUGA